AUGCCGCCGCCGGUACCAUCGCUGCCGGACGAGCUCCUCGAGGAGAUCUUCCUCCGCCUCCCGCCGGGCGAGCCAGAGCACCUCGCGCGCGCCUCCCUCGCCAGCAAGCUCUGGCUCGGCCGCCUCACCGGCCCUUGCUUCCGCGGCCGCUACCGUGAGCGCCAUGGACCUCCCCCCAUGCUGGGCUUCCUUCAUAGUACCUGGCUGGAGGGAAAAGAUCUCUUCACACCCACCACGAAAUUCAGCGCGCGCGUUCCCGACGAGGACGACUGCGGGAGCGGGUACCACAAGUACGAUGCGUGGGACUGCCGCCAUGGCCGCGUUCUCCUUGGAGACGAGAACAUGUUGCCCAUCGCGGUCGUCGUUUGGGACCCCAUGACGGGCCGCCGGAAGGACCUGCCGGAGCCCGACCUGGUGCACGACAGCUAUGGCGCCGCGGUGCUCUGCGCCGUGCCUGGCUGCGACCACCGCGCGUGUCAUGCGGGCCCCUUCCAGGUGGUCUUUGUUGGCCUGGGCAUGGGUGCAGAUUUUGACUGGAAUGGUUGCGUUGCGCAGGCCUGCGUGUCCUUGCCGGAGGCCGGUGACUGGAGCAGGCCGUGCCCCGUGUUUGAUAACCGUCACUGGGGCGAGCCUUGCUCUGGUCUUCAUCUUGAAGACGAUGCAUUCAUCGGCCGAAUGCCCCCUGUCCUGGUCAAAGAAGCACUUCACUUCAUGCUCGUGUAUGCUCGUGAUGGCCAUGUAGAAAUUCUCAAGUACGACUUGAGAUGUAGUUGCUUAUCACUGGUUGAUGUGCCGCUUGUGGGGCGUGGCAUACACGGUGCCGCUAUCCUCAUGGCGAUGGAGGAUGGUAGUUUGGGGUUUGCACAUGUGGAUGGGUUAACCCUCCACAUCUGGUCAAGAGAAAUGGAUUUCAACAGAGUUGCGUCAUGGAGUCAACGUACAAUUAUCGAUCUCAGGAAUCUUCUCCCCAUCCAAAAUACCGAUGAAAGACUUAGACUGAUUGGAUCCGUUGAGGGCAGUGAUACCGUUUUCGUGACCACGGACCUGGGCAUCUACGAGAUUAAUGUCAAGUCACAGCGUUGGAAGGAGAUAUGGAAGAGCGAGAAAUUUCGUGCUUUGAUUCCGUACAUGAGUUUCUACAAUCCACAAGAAAGGGUGAUGCCCUGUGACGCGGCGCAUUGACAAGGUAUGGUUGAAUAUGCUUAAGGUUAGAAGGCCACUCUCAUCAACAAAAAGAUGACAAGCUUGGAGGCAAUAGGGGUCUUGUGAUGAAUUAGGUCACUAUUCAGUAGCCCUUUUGGUUCAGUGGUCACAUUGUUUUUUGGCUUUUGUCAGUGAGCUUGAUAGUUUGCCCAGGCGUGCGUAAGUGGGUGAAUGGAGUAUCUUGUAAUGAACCUCCGGUUCUUGCAGCUGCAAUAGGAACCAUUCUUGAAAAUGCAUCUGCAGGCAGUACUCAAGAAUCGGAGGUUUUUCUGUCCAUUUUGAGAAUUCUACAGUUUGCUCUCCCAACUCUCUAAAUUCAUCUCUCAAAAGGAGUACCUUUGAACU